CUCGGCGCCGCACGGACCGUGCGGCAAUCCGUUGCGGAAAAGCAGUCGCGCGCGCUGAAAAUCGCCAAGCGGAAUCGUCGCCACGGCACCUGUCAGCCGCACAGACACCCACACGCACGUGGACCGUAGCUGUCAAAAGGAGCGUCCGGUGAAACGUCAAAUCCAGGGACACCUCAAACGCGGAAGAAAAUAAAUCAUGGAUCCCGACAACUUCAAGGAUUACGCCAAGGAUAUGGCGGAAUACAUCACUACCUACUUGGAAAAUAUCAGAGACAGGAGAGUUCUGCCCACAGUGGAGCCAGGAUACCUGAAGCCGCUCUUACCAUCGGAAGCACCGCAGACGCCCGAACAAUGGAAGGAUAUAAUGGCCGACAUCGAAAGAGUGAUAAUGCCAGGAGUUACUCAUUGGCACAGUCCGAAAUUCCACGCGUACUUCCCUACUGCUCAAUCAUACCCCGCGAUUCUGGCCGAUAUGUUAAGCGGAGCUAUCGCGUGUAUUGGAUUCACGUGGAUCGCAAGUCCAGCCUGUACUGAGUUGGAAGUAGUCAUGCUGGAUUGGCUAGGAAAAAUGUUGGACUUGCCGAAAGAGUUUCUUGCCUGCAGUGGUGGAAAAGGCGGUGGCGUUAUUCAGGGGACAGCGAGCGAGGCUACGUUGGUUGCGUUACUAGGAGCGAAGGCCAAGAAGAUAAGACAAAUUAAAGAGCAGCAUCCCGAUUGGACGGACAACGAGAUCGUCAACAAGCUGGUCGCGUAUUGUUCCUGUCAGGCGCACAGCUCAGUUGAACGCGCCGGACUUCUCGGUGGAGUGAAAUUCAAACAACUGGAAGUCGAUGAGAAAUAUAGGCUUCGUGGCGACACAUUGGCAGAGGCAAUCCAGAAGGACAAGGAACAAGGGCUUAUUCCAUUUUAUGCGGUCGCUACUUUGGGCACCACCGUUUGCUGUGCCUUCGAUUGUCUCGACGAGAUGGGCGUCGUGGCGAACCGCGAGGGUAUUUGGCUGCACGUGGACGCCGCUUACGCAGGAUCCUCUUUCAUCUGCCCGGAAUUCCGAUACCUGAUGAACGGCAUCGAGAUGGCGGAUUCGUUCAAUUUCAACCCUCACAAGUGGAUGCUGGUCAACUUUGACUGCUCGGCCAUGUGGCUCAAAGAUCCGACGUAUGUCAUAAACGCCUUCAACGUCGAUCCUCUGUACCUGAAGCACGACAUGCAGGGUUCAGCACCAGAUUACAGGCACUGGCAAAUUCCACUUGGACGCAGAUUCCGCGCCCUGAAGCUCUGGUUCGUGCUGAGGCUCUACGGAAUCGAGAACCUGCAGAAGUUCAUCAGAUCGCAUAUCGCUCAAGCGCAUGAAUUCGAGGCGAUGGUCCGCUCGGAUCCGCGCUUCGAAAUCGUCAGCGAAGUCCUCAUGGGAUUAGUAUGCUUCCGAUUGAAGGGUUCGAACGAGCUGAACGAGACGCUCCUGAAGAGGAUUAACGGUGCAGGAAACAUACAUCUCGUCCCGUCCAAGAUAAACGAUAUGUAUUUCCUGCGGUUCGCCAUCUGCUCCCGAUUUAGUGAGAGUAAGGACAUACAGUAUUCCUGGAAGGAGAUCAAGCUGAGAGUCAACGAGGUCCUCGAGGAGCAAUCGAUCUCGAAGUGAUGGCGCGCUCAGAUAGCACGUGGUUGUAGGUCGCUGGCACCUGGCACCUGUAAUCAAUCCUAGCUUCGAAUUUCCCCCUAUAUCCGGCGACUCACGAGGAUUAAAUCAGACUGGAGCAGCGAUUGGCGUUAAACAGUCAUUGAUAUCCGCGAGCAAUAAAUUUUGCAAUACUUUUCGAAUUGCGAGCAAUUAAACGAUGUGCCAGGCGUGCAAAUAUUAUAUGAGAUAUAAAUCCUCAGUAUUUAAAGUUUACGUAAAUGGUUUUGUUUCGCACGUUGUGUAACGCACGACUUCGCGAGACGCGUUGUAUAAAUGUGUCAAAGUGAUGCGAGCACGUCAAGUUAUUUCGUCGUUAAUUGUUAUUCAAGAACUAAAUAAAUACUUAGUCUCGUGAACGAGGGAAAUUUCAAACGAAUAAAGUCUCGAAACAAUCGCUGCGUCAGAAAUCGGUCGUGUAGCCUACAGGAAUACACGUUAACAACGUAAUAGGUGUAAUACAGUAUUACGUGUCGCCUUGUGCCACUUUUGCCGGCGCACCAUCAAUGUUACUGUGCGAACUCCGUAGAUAAUAUCCUCUUAAAUGUGUUACGCGGUGAAAGUCACGAGUUGCAAAAGCGCGCGUAGAUAUAGAUGUGAUACUUCGCAUGAUUUUUCGCGCAGGCACGUAAAAAUAUCCUCGUCGCGUCACGUGGCUCAUGUAAUACAACGUUGCUUUCUAUUUAUUAAUAAUUACGUAUCCGCGUAUGAAGUGAUUUCCGAUCAAUCGAUUAAUCGAUCAAUUAAUUUAUAUUCACGGCGCAUGGUACGAUCAUUCAUUUCCACAAGGCGAAUUUGUAGAAAAAGUAAUCUGCGAACUGCAAUCUGGACUUCCCACCGAAUGAUUUACAUUUUUUUUUUCGAGCGUCCACGAAGAAUCGAAAGAAAAUCUUGCGAUGUAUCGGAACCGGAUCUUCGUGCACGUUGAAACUACAUGUAGAAUAUUAAAUACAUACGUGUUGUAUAUACGUUAUAAAUAUAGAGAUUAUUAUAAACGUGUUAAAUGUAAAAUCGAUGUAUGUAAUAUAUUUUUAUCCGUUCUUCUUUUCGUAUACAGUUUUUUUUUUAAUUUCUCAGAUUCAGUUUACACUUCAAGCGCAAAUAUUCUAGAGUGGCUCGCAUCGUUAAGAGUAACAAAUAUCGAAUUAAUGUAUUAGUUCAAAGCGUUAUGUUGCAACUGUAUUUUAAACGAUGGAGUAACUCUGGAAUGGCAAUCAUAUACGUAUGUGUAUAUAUAUACUAUAUGUACGAUAAUACUUGCUGUAACGUUGUGCUGAACAGGGACAAUAAUAGUAGGUUUAAUCAACAAGGCAUUAUAGCCUGUCGAGGAAAUCGGCGACACUUGAACAUCGAAGAGAGCAUGGAUUUAAUUACUCGUUAAAAUCAUUGCUGUAUUAUCGUCAAAGAACUACGCUCAGAUGAAGAAAUUGAACGAAGUUAUCAUAAAAGUAAAUGUUACAACAAAAUAAAAAGUACAAUAAUUAUGUUAAGAGUAAAAUAUGGAGGAUGGUAGAGGUUUAAAUAUUUAUUGUUGCUGAGUUACUAUCAGAUUUUAGUGCUCCAUGCAACUAAGCAUUUUCCAUGCGCAAUCUUGUACUAAUAUGUGUUUUUGUAUUACAUUAUUUUUUAUACAAAAAUAUACAAAUUAAUAUAUGCUGGAUGAUGUUAAUCUGAGGCAACGAUUUUAGUCAUUACGGGACCAACGAAUGAUUUGCUGUAUAAUUAAAAUAAUCUUACUCUCAUUACACUGUACUGUCUGUCAAAAUAUCGCAGAGUGUAUUGGUAUGUCGUCGAUGUGGUAUUUGCGAAGUUUAUUGUUCAAUUGUCGAUACGACCAAAUAGAAAAUUAGACGAAUAAAUGUAUGUUCUCUCCCCUA